AUGGACGAUCUCUCAUCGGAUGGAAGUCUUCCCUCAUUGGAUAGUCCACAACCACCGGAGGAUGAUGUUGAAAAGUCGGAGAUUUCUCUGCUUUCCCUUUCACGAUCACCGAAGGCACUGACCAUCCAACGAAAUCUCAAAGAGCAAAAUUUGGCUCCAUCCGAGUGUGCGAUUUGUGGUGGACCGGCAAAUGGAUAUCAUUAUGAAGCUCCAUCUUGUAAUAGCUGCAAGACGUUCUUCAGAAGAGUGAUGCUCCGUGGUCGACUACCGAUGUGCAAAAAGUUGAACGGAAAAGAGGAAUGUCCACAGAGGAAAAAUGGAAGAGCUGUUUGUAGAGGAUGUCGAUUUGAAAGAUGCAUUUCAGCUGGAAUGGAUUGUAGAGUAAUCGAAUCUGCAACGGGUGCUCACCGAAGUAAUCAACUUUUUAAACUCGUCAUGAAACGACAAGGACGUCAAAUCAAAGAAGAAGAAAAGCAAGAAGUAGAAAAAGAAGAUAUACACGAGCAACCGAGUACAUCAAAUGCACUUGUACAUGUGUCGACGCCGCUCUCCACCGAGGCUGAUCACUUCAAAACUCUAGUUUUCCUCAAAACAAUGGACUCGGAUUUAAGGAGUCGAAUCGAAGGACCGGAUGGUUUAGUCCCAUUGCCGAGUCAGAGUCUUUCCGCUUAUAUCAUGGGUGGACAAUAUUCAAAGAAAACUAUGGCAAAAACAAUCGACGAAGCCCAAUCUUUCAUGGGAAGUUUUGCCUGUACACAUUACCUCAUCGAAUAUGAGAGAGCUAGUCAGAUGUGCUCACGAUUUCCAUUCUAUGAGAAACUCGGAUCACAGGAUAAGUAUUUCCUUUCG